AUAAAUACAGAGACUUCCGCUUUAACCGGGACUACUGACGGGUAACUUUAGUGUUUAAACGCGUGGGGCGUCUGCUGGCACUUUGUUCUGUCCGAGGCACGUUCAUCAGCUGCUAUCAUGGUUCACGAAGUGAAAGAUCUGGAUGAGUUCCAGAAAAUUCUGAAUGAAGCUGGAGACAAGCUGGUGGUGGUGGACUUCACAGCCGAGUGGUGUGGCCCCUGCCAAAUGAUGGCCCCAAUUUUUGUUGAGAUGUCACAGGAGCCUGUCAACACAAACGUGAUUUUCCUGAGGGUGGACGCGACUGAUGGCAGGGAUGUGAAGUCAUUCUAUAAUGUCACCCGCAUGCCUGCAUUUCACUUUUACAAGAAUAACCAGAAGGUGUAUGAGUUCACCGGUGCUGAUGAAGCUCAACUACAUCAAAAAGUGAGAGAGCUCAGAUGAGAUGUCCCACCAAAAACAAAAUCUGCCUCACAUAUCUUUGAUAUUACUGUGUUACUCAUGACAAUGAAGUCUAUCCCUCACAGUCAAUAAUACAUCCACAUAUCUUGUAACAGGUUAAUGUCCCUUUCUUAACAACAGGCUGCAAUAUGAAACCGCUCAAUACUUUUAAUUCCGUUUUUAAUGACAGUUUGGCUGCGAUCCUGAAUUACUUUGUAUGUUUUGUGUUCAAAAAGUUUAAUAAAUGAAUUAUGAAUGGAUUGGUAUUUUGUACUUUGAUAAAAAUGUCAGAAUAGUACAAGUAUGUAGCAGCAUAUGUUGGGGCUGGCAGUUAACAGCUGACACUGUAUCGCUGGUGAACGUGAUGUGUUGGUUCAUUAGCGCAUUUUGAAAACCAGCCAACAACUGCAUGAUGUAGCAAAGGUUUGGGCAAUUUGCAGGAAAUUGGCUCACGUCUGUGGACUGCAUGCCAGAAUUUCUUGUGUUAGACCCUCCUACAGCCACUGAACUCACUUGUUCCCACUUUACACCAACAGGUUGUUGUUACUGUGCUUUUUGAGCACCAGCAUUUGUGUCUUUCUUCAAAUGCAUGAACUGGAUCUUAAUUAGGUACUGGUAUAAUGCCAAACCAGUGGUUAAAACCGGCUUUUCAGGCUGCUGUUCUACUGUGUGUGAGUGCGCCUUUGUUUGAGCACAAGUGAGGAAGAGGACACACACACACAACGAAUAUCAAAUUAAGAUUCGAGAAAUGCUUUGUGUAACACACAGAUAGUCUCUACUCUAAGUGUGUCUCACACAGCCAGACGUGCAGCUAUACAGUGAUGAAGAUACUCAACAGAAAUGCAGUGAAAUAGGAAAACAUGAGUCUUGAGAACGAGGUCUGCAGCAGCUUUGGGCCAUUUAACCUCACGCACACAAACAAAGUCAGCACAAACACAUCAGGACAGCAACAGUGUGUGCAGGGAGGCAGCAAAGAGCACAAACACAACCUCUGUUCAGGGAAACUUUGCCUGGAUCCAGCCUAAGUUUUUAAUAUCUCAUAUGUAAAACAUCUGAACAAUCAUUUGAGUUUCAGACUGCACACAGGGACUCAGUGUGGAGCCCAAUCCGUGGUUUGACUUCUGCUUAAGUAUCUGUACUUGUGUACAGAUAAGAACGAGUCCAACAUGCACCAGACAGACAGAUAAACAUGCAUUUGUCCAUUUGGUAAUAAUUUAAAGAGCAGCUCUGAAGUCCUCUGUGUUAGUCUGAUAAAUGCAACAUUUCAUCUUAUUAUAAAAUAAAUGUGAUCAACAUUUCUAUUGAUUUUUAACCCUUUUCUUUAUUUUAUGUAUAGCAGUAAACUAUUUUUUAGAAUGACUCGCAUAAAACUGGUGGGAGUCAGAAUAAAGAGUCAAGAAUCAG